AUGUCUUCAAUCGCGAACAAAACGGAUCAUUUCAUCAUUUAUGAUUUAAUUCGACGGCUUUUGUGCUUGACUUUUUGUUACUUUUAUUACUUCGUUUAUUUCUUUGCUUCCUUCCUCCGUUGCUAUAUUUCUUUGCUUCCUUCCUCCGUUGCUAUAUUUCUUUGCUUCCUUCCUCCGUUGCUAUAUUUCUUUGCUUCCUUCCUCCGUUGCUAUAUUUCUUUGCUUCCUCCCUCCGUUGCUAUAUUUCUUUGCUUCCUCCCUCCGUUGCUAUAUUUCUUUGCUUCCUUCCUCCGUUGCUAUAUUUCUUUGCUUCCUUCCUCCGUUGCUAUAUUUCUUUGCUUCCUUCCUCCGUUGCUGUAUUCCUUUGCUUCCUCCCUACGUUGCUGUAUUCUUUUGCUUCCUCCCUCCGUUGCUCUAUUUCUUUGCUUCCUUCCUUCUUUGCUCUGUUUCUUUGCUUCCUUCCUUCUUUGCUCUGUUUCUUUGCUUCCUUCCUUCUUUGCUCUAUUUCUUUGCUUCCUUCCUUCUUUGCUCUAUUCCUUUGCUUCCUUCCUUCUUUGCUCUAUUCCUUUGCUUCCUUUCUUCUUUGCUCUAUUUCUUUGCUUCCUUUCUUCUUUGCUCUUUUUCCUCCUUUGCUUUUUUUCUUUGCCUCUUGCUAUUUCUUUGCUUCCUUUCUUCUUUUGCUCUAUUUCUUUGCUUCCUCCUUUCUUCUUUGCUCUAUUUUUUUGCUUCCUUUCUUCUUUGCUCUAUUACUUUGCUUCCUUUCUUCUUUGCUCUUGCCUAUUUUCUUUUGCUUCCUUCCUCCGUUGCUAUAUUUCUUUGCUUCCUUCCUCCGUUGCUAUAUUUCUUUGCUUCCUUUCUUCUUUGCUCUAUUUCUUUGCUUCCUUUCUUCUUUUUGCUCUAUUACUUUGCUUCCUUUCUUCUUUGCUCUGUUUCUUUGCUUCCUUCCUUCCUUGCUGUGUUGUUUCUUCCUUCCUUCCUUUCCUUCCUUGUCCCCCCUCCCUACGUUGCUGUAUUCCUUUGCUUCCUCCCUCCGUUGCUAUAUUUCUUUGCUUCCUCCCUCCGUUGCUAUAUUUCUUUGCUUCCUCCCUCCGUUGCUAUAUUUCUUUGCUUCCUUUCUUCUUUGCUCUGUUUCUUUGCUUCCUUCCUUCUUUGCUCUGUUUCUUUGCUCUGUUUCUUUGCUUCCUUCCUUCCUUUGCUUCCUUCCUUCUUUGCUCUGUUUCUUUGCUUCCUUCCUUCUUUGCUCUGUUUCUUUGCCUCCUUCCUUCUUUGCUCUAUUUCUUUGCUUCCUUUCUUCUUUGCUCUAUUUCUUUGCUUCCUUUCUUCUUUGCUCUAUUUCUUUGCUUCCUUUCUUCUUUGCUCUAUUUCUUUGCUUCCUUUCUUCUUUGCUCUAUUUCUUUGCUUCCUUUCUUCUUUGCUCUAUUUCUUUGCUUCCUUUCUUCUUUGCUCUAUUUCUUUGCUUCCUUUCUUCUUUGCUCUAUUUCUUUGCUUCCUUUCUUCUUUGCUCUAUUUCUUUGCUUCCUUUCAUAUCUUUCUUUACAUUAUCGUAUUCCCUUCCUUCCAUUUUCUCACUGA